AUGCCACCAACCGCAGCUACUAUAUCAGCUAACAACAAUACUAAACUGUGCGACAACAUUCUUUCACAGCAAUCACCAGAUUUGAUACAAAAACAACAGCGAGACUCAACGGCAGGCGAUCUUCAACUCGAGACAGCGGCGACAUUUCAGUUCACAUCGCCAACUGCAACGUUUAAGCGCAAAAAGCAACAACAACAACAACAGUUGCAACAUCAACAAAUUGAAUACCAACUACGCCAUAACAACAAUAACUGUUUGAGCAGUCAAACAGUAGUAGCAACAUUAAUUAAAAAUUCGCUACAUACAGAACAACAACAACAGCAACAAAAACAGCGAGAUUCAAAAUCACCUUCCCGUAACAGCAUUGGCGGCAAUAACUUGCAACAUGCAGCUACGGUGAGCACAUCGAUUUUGAUGAAUGGUGGCGGUCCGACGACAACCACAACAAUAACAAAAGAAACGCAAAAAGCAAAAACAACGAUUGCUGACAGCAUUCUAGGACUUGCCACAGGUGCUAGCAGUGUUGGCGAUGCUGGCGCUGCUGUUAGACACAUUGAAAGUAGUACAACAACCACACGCUCGCCACGCAAUCGCACUUUGCCACGAGUUGCCACAACAACAACAACGCCGCGUGCUGCUUAUGCCGCUGACAGUGUCGAUUUAGUGGGCAGCCACACAAGCAAAGCUUCGCCAGUGGUGGUGGUUGCAAAUUCACAACAGAACGGACACGACAAGCGACAACGUGCCACAAUCAAGGUGAAGCAGGCACAACGUCAAUAUCAACAACAACAACAAGAGAAAACACUACAACAACAAGCGCUGCCAAAGAGAAUGCCCAAAGGUGCUGCUGUUACUGGCAGUGGCAGUGCAAGUGCGAGUGCGAGUGGCAAUAGCAGCAAUCACAGCAAUAAUAAUAACAACAACACACUAUACAAAGGUAACAACGAUUUCAUGGAUAGCCUGGGUGCGCAUUUGGAGUUGGUGGGUUGGCGUAAGAAAUGCCUUUAUGGACUGCUCGUACUGCUGAUGCUGCUCAUCAUCACCAAUUUGGUGUUGACGCUGUGGAUACUGAAGGUGAUGGAAUUUACGACGGAUGGCAUGGGGCACCUGAAGAUAGUGCCAGGCGGCAUACAACUCACCGGUCAAGCGCUCAUAAUGGACAUGCUGCGCGCAUCGACAAUACGCUCAAGGCACGGGCAACCAAUUGCGAUAG